AUGGUUGAAGUUGAACUCCCAUACAAAAGUCGGAAUGAACCAAUUCCUGGUGAAAUUGAAUAUAAUCAAGCCAAAUUUAAAUUCUUUACCUGGAAAGUUCCUGAAGGUAUUACCCAAAAGGGUAAGAUAGUAUAUGUUCAUGGAUUCUUUGAACAAUCAGAUUUAUAUCAUAGAUUAUUCGAUGAUUUAAGUGAGCAAGGUUAUGAAGUAUUCUUCUUUUCUCAAAGAGGAGCUGAAGAAACUAGUCCUAAUAAAUUAGGAUUAACUAAUGAAUUUCAUGUUAUGGAUGAUUUAGAUUUUUUUAUUAAUUACAAUUUAGAUACUCCACAGGAUAAAAUAUUUCUUCUUGGACAUUCUAUGGGAGGUGGAAUUAUAUUAAAUUAUGUUAUUAAAGGAAAGUAUCGUAAAAAUAUUCGUGGAGUACUUACUUCUGGUCCAUUAGUUAAAUUACAUCCUAAAACUCAACCAAAUAUAAUUGUUAGAAGUUUAUCAAAUUAUAUUGUUUUAUUAGCACCUAAUUUAAGAAUUGAUUCUAAAUUGAAAUUUGAAUAUCUUACAACUAAUCCAGAUUGGACAGAAUAUAUUAGAAAAAAGACUACAAAACUUCUUGGAUCAGCCAGACAAUUUUAUGAUAUGUUUGAAAGAGGUGAAAAAUUAUUAGAUCCUAGUUAUAAUAAAGAUUUUCAAACUCCAGUAUUAGUUCUUCACGGUACUGAUGAUAAUAUUAAUGAUCCUAAAUAUUCAGAAAAGUUUAUUAAUUCAAUUGAAUUUAAAGAUAAAGAAUUUGUACCAGUUAAAGGUGCUAAACACUCAUUAUUUUUAGAGAGUGAACCAAUAUAUAGGGACAUAGUUUUGAAGAAAACCGUUGGAUUCUUAAAUAGUCACUAG